GGAAUCAGCAGUUCUGAAAGAGCAUUUGUAUAUAGUUCCGUAACCGGCUCGUCACAGAUAGAUCGUUUGAACACACAGCCCCAGUCUGCGAGCGAAAAAUGCGAGACAAGUUGUGACAUCUCCCGCACAACACAUGACUCGAACCCCAAACAUUUGGAGCCACCCUAUAUGCGACGCCCGAAUAGCCACGCUGGAUGUAUGUAUUCAGCAAAGCCAAAGGAACAUAUGUUGCAUUCAACAACAUUUUCAUCGCCAGUCAACUACGCACAGAGACAUGUCAAAGAGAAUCUGAUUCUGCCCUACACGUCCUCAAUCAUCGGGACGAAACGAUCCGAGCAUCACUAUGUCUGUCUGUUGUGCGAUAAGAAAUUUCCUCGAGCGGCCAAUUUGAACCGGCAUAUACGUACGCAUACGGGGGAACAACCUUACCAUUGCCCACAUUGUCAACGCUCAUUCAGCAUCUCAUCUAACAUGCAACGACAUGUGCGUAACAUACACAAACCAUUUGUCACUAAAGCGCUGCACAACUGGCCAAUUGACAGCAACCGUGGACGGUUGAAUGCAUCUUCCUCUUCUAAUCACACAAUACAAGAACCAUUGCUCACGAUAGUUCUUCACAUUCCGGGUUAG